GCGAGCACCGUGCAUCAUUGCAUGCUGCAACGUCCCGAUCGCGCGUCGUGCGCGCUCGAUUCGUUGCGCGGGAGUGGACGAUCGCGAAGCUGCUACGUGGUGUCGAAAACCUGAUCCUGACGGGUUGACGGGAAUCUCAAAUGAAUCCCGAAUUGAGCCGAAUGUAUGAAAGGCUCUUCAAUGAACACAGAAACGUCCGAUCGCCGCGAGGGCCGGCACUCCGCCGAUUUCUAAGCGACGGGCUCCGCAAUAAUUUCCCGGGAUAACCACAAAUACACCAAAGUCAGAGAAGUCGAAGAGGAACCGUCCCAUAUAUUCUCAUCCUCGUGUCGGAGUAUUUGUUUCGCCGACGAUGCGUCAAUUCAUUCAUUCAGCCCCGUGAACUCUCACAUUAGUCAUCAGUAGUUUCGUCCGUGGAGUCGCGUCGCGUCGUAGUGUUUUAUCACGUCGCGAAUCACCGCGGGGCUACCUCGUGGGAAAGGUCGCAUCGAGUGAAAAAACUUUUAAUGAGCGCAGAGAAACACCUUAUAUCGGGGGGGUACCGCCUGUCUGGCCCCUCGAUGGCUUCUUCUACUUGGCACUUACGGCGAAGAUUAUACCAUUCGAAAUUUCCCCGAGAACCUUCACGACUGCCGAGAGGUAACUUCGCGAGUUUCACGCACCCUUUGUAAGCUCCCACGUCUAUAAAUCAUAUUUCGGCGAAGCCAUAAAGCCUCGACGGUGGGGGGAUGGGGGUGGAUUGUGGACGAACAAAUAAACAUUUACUUCAUCGCCGUCCGCGAGUAUCCGAAGAAUCGGAGAGAGAACAAUUCCAGCACGAUAUGAAGUGGGAGUGAAGACUUCGCGAGGAAAGUAAGCGGUGCGUCUCGGCUGAGGUACAAACAAUGUACAAAUCGCAUCGGCGACGUGAAAGCGUCGAUGGCGUCGGGACGUCAACAGCAGAAAUUGAAAAAGUUGUCUUCAGGAGCACCUCGGGUCGACACAAGGACCUCACUCGAGCGUGCUAUCGAUCGUAACUAGGAGGUUCUAAUUCCAAGAGGACCCCUCCGAGGCUCGUCAUGCUGGUCCCGGAAGGUAACCUGACAUCCUGGGGCAGCAACUGGACGACAAUGUUGCACCAGGUAUCCUGCAAUGACACGCUUCUGGGCUGCGCUGAGAAGUGCGACGUCAGUCCCAGCGGAUUUGACCACCUUUGUGUGGUCGACAAGGGAACCUUCGCCCCUUCGAUGACUCUCUUUUGCACGCCUUGCGAUUACGCGACUUGCAAUGUCAACGUGUCAUUGCUCCUCAACGGCCUCGAGAGCAUCGAGGGUAUCUUCCUAUCCAGGAUACCGACAAGGGAUUGUAAUGCCACGUCGUUCGCCGAACAAAUUUUAGAAUGUACCCCGGCCGGCGGCAUCGCGGAGGAUCUGGCCAUGUCCUGCUCGCACCGAUCAAGGAUCGACGGCGCGGGCACCAAGGCUCGUCGGUUCGAUUGGAGCUUCCUGUUCGUGGCGGUGUUCAUAGCCGCCGGUGGACUGGGAAAUAUAUUGGUUUGUCUUGCGGUAGUGUUAGACAGGAGGCUCCAUAACGUGACGAACUACUUCUUGCUGUCACUGGCAGUAGCCGACCUCCUCGUGAGCCUCUUCGUCAUGCCGCUGGGUGCCAUACAAGGAUUUCUAGGGUAUUGGCCGCUCGGCGUGGUGUGGUGCAAUGUAUACGUGACAUGCGACGUGCUCGCGUGUUCCGCGAGCAUAAUGCACAUGUGCUUCAUCUCCCUGGGCCGUUACCUGGGGAUCCGCAAUCCGCUCAGGACACGACACACAUCUACGAAACGAGUGGUGGGCUUCAAGAUCGCCGCGGUCUGGCUACUGGCCAUGCUGGUCUCCAGCUCCAUCACGGUGUUAGGUAUAAUCAACCCAUCGAACAUCACACCGCGGCCGGGAGUGUGCGUCAUUAACAACCGGGCAUUCUUCGUGUUCGGCUCCUUGAUCGCAUUUUACAUACCCAUGAUCGUCAUGGUGGCGACUUACGUGCUGACGGUGCAACUGCUUCGCAAAAAAGCGCGUUUCGCGGCCGAGCAUCCGGAAGGCGAUCAGUUCCGCAGACUGGGGGGUAGGUACGCGUCCGCGAAAACAUCGUCUACGGCGUCCUCGUCGUCCACGACUACGACCACAACCACCGUCAUGAGGUCGUCCACCUCAUUGACCAGGCAGGUCCACGCUUCCGGUUGCAACGCGGACGAGAGCGGCGACAGAUGUGUCGGCGUGAGAAAGGUCCUACCGCAGUUAAAGUUCGCGGUGAACGGCGCCGGAAGUCCCGCCGCAGGAUCUCAGCUCAAGUCGAAAGUGGAUCAGGCGACCCAAACGCCGGAGAACAUCGCGCGCGAAACAAGGAAUUUCACCUUGCGGGCGCUGAAACUGCAAUUGAACGUCACGCCGACAACCCUGAAUCUCAGAUUCCUGGCGGGGCGAACGAGAAAGAGAUCCUUGGCCGCGAACGCGGUUGCAACCGAACAGAAGGCUAGCAAGGUUCUCGGACUGGUGUUUUUCACAUUCGUAUUAUGUUGGGCGCCGUUUUUCUUGCUUAACAUCUUUUUCGCCGCGUGUCCCACGUGUUCUGUGCCAGGACACGUGGUGGAUACAUUCCUCUGGCUGGGUUAUGUGUCCUCGACAAUCAACCCAAUCAUCUAUACCAUCUUCAACAAAACCUUCCGAGCCGCGUUUAUCCGUUUAUUAAAGUGCAAAUGUUCGAGGUCCGCGAGGCUUCCGAGGUAUCGGUCGGUCACGGAGAGCGGAAGGGGCGCGAUGGGCCUGUGCACGUCAGGUGCACUUCCGCUGGCCAUCAGUUUCCAGGGAACACCUUUACUAACUCCGUCGUCGAACCCAACGCCGACGCCGGCCUCAAGCAGUUCUUUCGUCGCGAUGAUGCAUCGCACAACGGACUCGUUGUAUCGAGAUACCUUCCUGAUUCAUGAAAGCGAGCAAGGCAAUUAAUUUCCUUCGUCACGAUGAGCCAACGGAUCGACAAGAUCCGCACAGAAUAAUUCCGUUAAGUACUUGUCAAUUUUUUAAAGCCGCGUAAUGAGUAAAUGUAGAAGACGAGCAUAGGGAUCAAAUUCAUGUACGAAGCGAA